UUGAAGUCGCCCGUAACUCCACUAGACUCGCCCUGCCCUGAUCCAGUCGUUCGAUUUAGCUCAGACGUCCGUUCCUCCACAAGACGCGGCCUGCACAAGACUCGGCCUGCCCCUGCUCCAAUCGUUCGAUUCUCAAUCGUCCGUGCCUCCACAAGGCGACCAAGCAAUUACCUCCACCCUCUCCUUCAGCUCAACUGCGUUGGGUUCCCCUCUACCUCUCCGAUGGCAGAAUCAGAGAAAGACGAUGUUGAGAAUCCUCUACAAAAAGAUGAAGGUACGAAGGCCGCUAUCUCUAUGCCUUCUGAUGAAGCAAUAUUAGCCAUGGUUUUUGAUACCUUGGAAGGAGCUGAAUUGUUUUACAAUGCUUAUGCAAAAAAAAUUGGUUUUGGCAUUCGCAAACGAGAUUCGCGACAGUCGCGUAGUGGACGAAUGCUAAUGCAGAAAUGGGUGUGCUCAAAGGAGGGCUAUCGUCAGAAAAAAUGGAUAAACUAUGCUGCUCGUAUACGCAAGCCUCGGCGAUUGACUAGGGGAGGUUGUGAAGCGAUGUUUCGUGUAAAUCUGGAUCGCGACACUGGAAAAUCUGUUGUCAAGUCACUUGUAUCGGCUCACAAUCAUAAGUUGGUGCCAUCCAAGUAUGUACAUCUUCUGCGUUCCCAUCGUGAAAUCAAAGAAGGUGAUGAAGUUUUGAUUGAGUCGUUGAGUACAGUUGGAGGAAUUGAAGCUGAGAUUGAGGAUACCGACCUCUUCUUCUUCUGUGCGGAGGAAAGGCGCCCUGUAGAAACCGACACCACGGGUUCCCCAGCCGCAGCGAGAAGAAGUGUGAGGCGAACGUCGAUUCAAUGGAGGACGAAAAACUGGGGGAUUGAGAUCGGACACUUGAUUGAGAUCGAAGAUCAGAACUGGAAUCGGAGAAGAGGGUUCUGGAGAAGUAUGCGAUUUAUGGUACCGUACCGUCGAUACGAUCUUGGCUUCCGUGGCGCCGGAGAUGAUCCGGCAGAGGUCGUGUACCUGUCUGCACCGACGGUUCCGAUCAGUCCUGUGGGGUGCCGGGUGUCGUCGUAUAAGGGGGAGGCUGUGGUUGCGGCGGCAGACGAGGGAUCCCGGCGGAUUAAGCACUAUUGGAUUGGAAAACCUAAUUUUAGGAUAAACAAAAUUCACCGACUCCUAAUUGGCAUGGGAACACGGUAA